AUGUCAUCAAACGCCUCAGACACCGUGGCGCCAGCGUCGUUACCUGCAGAGGGCGUCACUAUGACGCCGUCAGAUCAGCCGGUCCACCCUGGCACCCCCAACCUCCACACCCCACACUCUGCCCAACGCCCCAGCACGUCGAGCGAGCUGGGCUCCAACCGCGUCCCACCACUGCCAUGUGCGCAGGACUCGGCAACAGUCGCGAUGCCGAUCUCCUCCACUGAGGUUCGCUUGAGCAGUUCACAUUCCUACACGCUGCGGCCACUCGAGAUUGUGGAGUCGAUUAAAGUCUUGCACGAGUUGCACCAGAACGGCGGGCUCACAAAGGAGGAGUUUGCGCAGGCAAAGCAGCAGAUUUUGGACUCGGGAUCGUCUUCGGCGUCCACAUUCAAGAGCAAGCCGAAACGGUCGCGCGAGUGGCGACCGCGUGGGCGCCGCCACCGCCGACGCGGUCGCAACUCGCGCUCGCUUUCCACGUCUACUGGCACGCACCCGUCCCAAGAUUCUCGCACAUGCAUCUCCUCUGGCGCUGGCACCAAGAGUACGAGCCAUCGGCCUAGCCGUUCCUCCUCGUCGUCCUCGUCGUCGAGCGAUCGCUUCAUCGUUGUACCGCGCUCCACCGUGUGGCGCACCCUCAACGACGCCAUCGAGGAGGGCUUACUCGUCCAUCACUCAACAGAGGGCCACGCUGUGCGCAGUGAAUGCAACAGUGCGUCGCCGCUGGUGUACUCCUCGUUGCUGAGCAGCAGCGGUGGCACUGACGUCGGACGUGGCGGCAGUGAGAAAGAGAAACAGGGAGAGUCCUGCGCUGGCGCACACAGGCGAAACGGCUACCAGGAAAUUCCCUCUGAAGAUCCUCUCCCAAGCAACGUAGGAAGUGGAGCAGCGGUGCCGACGCCAGCACUAGCCGCCGCAUCAGGCACCAAAGACGGCGUCUUCGUGUCCCUCGGCAGCGGUUCUGUCGGCUCCGCGACCGCAGCGACAGGCAGCAGCGUCGCCCGCCACAUCGCUUCCGACGGCCGCGACAAGGCCAAGUACGGCGCCUUCUUGAGCCGGGACGAUGGCGCUCGCGUCGUUGGUCCUACACCGGACAUGCGCACGGCACUCCGUAGGGAGGAUGUCGUGCGCAUUCACUACUUCAAUAGCCGCGGCGGCUCCGGCAAUCAUUUCAGCAACGUCGAGCUGCAGACCUCCCAGCUCCGUGACCCAAUCUUCGUUCACAAAGGACAGUCCCAGGUCAUUCCAGCCAAGCUGCGUGCCUCCGUCUCCAGACCCGGCCACGAUGAGCCGACCAUGGUGGCGAUGCCGGCCCAAGACUCUCAGAUCUUCCAGUUGGCCGAGAUGACGCUAGAGGAACGGCGCGCCUGGGAGAUGACGACGACGCGCUCUUCUUCCACAUCCCGCAGAGCCAGGUCCUCGUACUUUGAGCAGAGCUUCAACUGGUAUUGGGUGGACGUGACGGGCAGAGACCCCAGUCGGCAACGGUACAACGCGACGCUGCGCUACCUAACGGACCGCUUCAAGCUGUGCGAGUCGUUCCUGGUUGAGCGAGAGCACACGCUGGUGUUGCCGCAGGUUUGCGAGUCGCCCAUCUACCCUGGCCAGUACCUGCUCAACCUACGCGUGGCAACCGACAAGAUCUCCAUCUCUGACGACAGCGUGAUGGAGCUGACGAAUCGAUGGAUUAUUGUGGUUGACCUGAAACAGCACGUCGUCAUCACGCUGCACCGCGUCGACACGCAUGGCAUGGCGAACCUACGCGCACAGUGGAAGAGGGUCAUCGAGAACAAUAAUGUAUCCUUCCAGGAGUUUCUCCUGAAGAUCAUCGACGACGCGAUCUACACGUAUCAACUCAGCCUCGACGUGCACACGGCACUGCUUGAAAAGUGCGAAGCGAAGCUGUUCGUGGAGAAGCAGUCCGUGUCGACACCGGCGGUGUCGGACCACUACAUCGACAAGCGAAUUCUGCGCCACUUCGCUGGAAGCUCGCGGUCGCCGUUUCUUCACCGGCUGCUGGACGAGAAGGACCACUCACCGAUGACCAAAGGGGAGAUGAACAGUUUCCUGCACCACUUGCACCGUCGCACGAGCGUGCAGCACCGGAUGCUGAACGUCACCCAGAUAGUGCUGGCCAAGGCAUUCACAAAGUUGCGGCUGUGCUCGCGGGAGAUGGCAGAGCAGAUGUGCUCGUCGUGCAUCGAGAUCAGCGACCGCGCGAUGGAGGUGCGGGACGACGCCAAGACGCUGCUGAACCUGCACAUCUCUCUGCAGAGCUUCCGCACAACUGAGUUGAUGGCCGUGCUGACGCGCGUGACGAUGCUCUUUACGCCGGUGACAUUCCUGGCUGGCGUGUAUGGGAUGAACUUUCAAAAGCGCUUCCCGGAGCUGACGUGGGAGUACGGCUACCCAUUUUUCUGGCUCAUGUGCAUCAUAUUGGUCAUCAUCAUGCACACGUUCUUUGUGCGCGAGCACUGA